AUGGACCCCCACAACCGCUCGGCUAACCUCUCGGAGGGGCCGGGGCUGGGGGGUGGGGGGGCUGUGCCGGGCUGGGGGCCCAGCGUGCGCGCCCCUCUCUCCCUGGUCAUGGCCGUCAUCUCCCUGAGCUCCAUCGUGCUGAACAGCCUGGCCAUCGCGGUGGUGCUGAGGUUCCAGGUCCUGCAGCAGCCCCUCAACUACGCCCUACUCAGCCUGGCCAGCGCCGACCUGGGCACCGCCGCCACCGGGGGCGUCCUCAGCACCGUCUGCACCGCCCUCGGCAGCUUCGUCCUCGGCCGCCACAGCUGCGUGGCCGAAGGGUUCUUCAUGUCGUUCUUCGGUAUCUCUGCCCUCAUGUCCAUCAGCAUGCUGGCUGUGGAGCGCUAUGUGGUGAUCUGCAAGCCCCUGGGCUCGCUGACGGUGCAGAAGGAACAUGGAGUGAUGGGGGUGAUGGUGAUUUGGGCCUGGAGUUUGCUGUGGUCGUUGCCCCCUCUCCUGGGCUGGGGCCGGUAUUCCCUGGAGGGGAUCAACGCCUCCUGUGGGCCAGACUGGGCUGAUCCCAGUCCCACGGGUCGAGCCUACACGGCCUCCCUCUUUGUCUUCUGCUUCAUCUUCCCCCUCGCCACCAUCGCCUUCUGCUACGGGAACGUGCUGAAAGCCAUCA